AUGGUUCACGCAUUCACCAUCAAGCCCGCCACGCCCGACGAUGUGGGCAUGCUCCUGACCAUGAUGGUCGACUCUGCGACCGAGGACGGCCACCCGACCGCGGUCGUCGCGACGCAGCAGCACUACCGCGACGCGAUGGCCGGCGGCUUCGUGAACGCCAUCAUCGCGUACACGUCUGACGGCCAAGCGGCGGGCUUUGCGCUGUACUCCUGGUUCUUCCUGCCCGAGCACGGCCUGCCCGCUCUGGACAUUCUGGACCUCUACUCCUCCGCAGCCCUCAAGGGCGGGAAGGAGGGUGACCGCGCGCAGCUGAACCGCAUGCUCUUCUCCGCGUGCUGCCAGAUUGCAGAGAAGCACAAGGCUGGCGCCGUCGAGUGGCGCGUCAGCCCCAACAAUAAGGAGAAGGGCCAGUUUGCUGAGUCCAUUGGCGCUCUGCCCGAUAAGAACCAGGUCCACAUGCUCAUCACGGGGCAGCAGAAUGUGGCCGAGAUCGCGCGCAUCACCGACCAGAAGCUGCCGUGGAUCAACCAGUAA